AAACACGUGUUGAUUUUGAUGUAGGCCAUUGCUUUGCACGUUUAUUUGAUCGUAUUUGUGUAAAAUUUAUCUUACACCUAUUCAACAGAUUAUCGUUUAUUUCCUAACGAGCAACGAGUUUAAUUCUUUUUUUUUUUUUUUUUCAUAUUCUAUUUUUUGUACAAAAACAAGUAAAUAACAGCUUGUUUGUUUCAUCCAAAUUGAUGAGAGAAAAUCUACAUUUUGCAUUUACUGGUAUUCAAAAACUUCAAUUAUCUCUCGUGACUCGUGGCAUUGUAAGUUCAAUAAGUUUGUAUCUUGAAGAGUGAAGAAAAAGAACUAAAUAAAUAACGAGAGAUAUCCACGUAGAAAACAGCAGAAACAUCAAGUUUCAGUAAUUGUGACUUCAUCAGUUAUGCUGAUUCUGCGCGUUCGAUAAAUAUUUCAAAUGUGCGAUAUCAGUCAUUUGACUACUGUGACUGUGACUCGUCAAAUUGGGAAAUCCGAGUCUGUUGUCAGUGAACGGUAGCCCACGUGUUUACAAACGUGAUAGAAGAUAAAUAAAACUGAUUUUUCUAUCAAGUGCCACUAAAUCGAAGGAGAAGUCGAUUCAUGAAGAUAGCAAAAUAUUGAAAGUACGAAGGAAACUAAUUUCGCAACUUGAAGAUGAUAUAAGAAUGUAUUUUAUCAAGUUCUAUAUAGAGAGUUCUAUAUAGAGAGGUGAGAAAGAUAAACAGUUCAAUUUUUUCUCGUCGAUUAAAAUGAAUUUACGUGAGAAUAUUAAGAAGGCAACAUCACUUGAUUAUAUAGAUAGUAAUGCCAAGUUCUUUCGACUAUCAGGAUUAAGUCAAGCUGCAAAAGAUCGAAAGAUGAAUGAAAGAAAAGUGAAGAAACCACGAAACUUAAAUUUAAUGGAAGACUCUAAUGAUGAUAGUGAUAAUGAUGUUGAGAAUUAUGUAAAUAAAAUUAAGAAUGAUUUUGACCAUCACGCUGUUUCUGCCGCUAUUAAAGAGGUAAAUGGCGGUCGUGAUCUUUCAAAUAAACAUUGGGAGAGGGUUUAUAUGAAACGUCUUGAGAAUAUAACUAACUCUGAGAAAGAAAUAUCUCCGAAAACCUCUAAUCAUAACAAUAUAACAUAUUCUGGAAGUCAACCUGAGAAUUUAACCGAUAGAAUUAAUAAACAAAAUAAUAAACUACGUAGAAAUGCUGCAAUUAUGGGCCUUGUAAAGUUGAAACAAUUUUCAUUAGAAAAUCUAUUUAAUCCAAGCAGUGAAAUUUCUGCAAGAAAAGAAGACAAAUUGGAAACUUUACAUGAAGUGACCGACACAUACAUGACAGACAAUGAUAAUGGUCAAGUGGAAUCAGUUCCUCUUUAUGAAGAUUCUGAAAUCUUUGUUCAUCCUUUACAAGUGGGAAUAGAUGAAAAAAAAUUUAAAAACAUAGAUUUUACUGUAUCGCGCAUUGGUAAGAAAACAAAAAUAAUACCGCAAGAACAUUUUCUUAUGGAAACGGAUGAUGACUUUUUUAACUUUGUAAAGAAAGAAAAGAAUACAAAAUAAUUAUAAAAUAUUUAUCGAAAAAAA